AUGAAGGGCGGUUUACUCCUCGCUCUUUUUAGCGGCGUGCUAGCCGCCCCAGCAGCCCUGAAAUACCAGACCGCACAAGUAUCAACCAAACACGAUCUCUCACACAUCUCUCGACAGACACUACACAACAUUCGAAAACAGUGUUCGAAUUGUACCAUCACACCUACCCAUGUCGACCGCCGCGGCUUAGAUCUGCAAUUUUGUCACGAGAUCGACGCCUGCUGCAGUGUAAAAGCUCCAAUAAGAUGUUACGAUGAAGACAAGUUCAAAAUCGGCGACGAAUUCACAUCGAAUCGUGACGCCGAGAAGUCGAUGAAAAUUCAGAAGCGCACGCAAUGCGACCCUUGUUGCACCGGUAAAGAGGAUGCAAUUGAGAGAUGGUUCGCAAAAUGGUUAAAAUGCAAGCACAUUCCGGUACAGUGCGACUCGUGCGAUGGCCCUCCGGAAUGGGAGUGGAUUGUUCCUGGAGGAGUAAAUGAUCAAGAACGGCAGAAGGGGUCCUGGAAACGUCCUGGAUACUAG